AUAGGUGUGGGCUGGGCACAGUGCGGUCACCGGAAGUGCACGCUGUGGAGAUGCAGGCUGUAUGUUGUGUAGGAGAGAGCUGAACGUUGCAGCUACCAUGCCCCAUAGACAGUGUUGUAGAGUUCAGGCGUUAUAUGUAGUGUAUUAUAUGACGAUACAUUUCAGCUGUGGGUGAACAAGCACGGCUGGUCGGAUGUAUUUUGAUACAUGUGUAUCAAAGGCAUUAUUUCCCUUAGUAGAAUGCUGGGGUGAGUUAGGUCCAGCACUGCUGUAGAUCUUGAUUUGGUUAGGACAGAGAAGCCAGAAGGUGCUAGAAGCCACUGAUAAGGUCUGGCGAUGCCAGGCGUGGUGCGUUGCUCAUUUUUCCGAGUGCUCCUGAUAGCCCUUCUCCUUGUUGCUCUCCUCCAGCUCCUCUAUCUCUCCCUCCUCUCUAAUCUGCAUGGACAGCAGCAGCAGAGAUCAGCUCACCCAGUCCAUGCCGGGGCAGCAAAUACUGAGCCACAAUGGCAGAGGGAGCAGAGAGAUCACAUGAAGGCGGUAUUGGCUAGUGGGGGCAUUUUGGAUGGCAGUGGACAGUACCGGAUUUACCGUCACCUUCUGGCACGAGAAGAGAAGGCAUUCAAAGUGUUGGACCUGGCGCUGGCCUCCCACACUAGCCUUAACAAUGUAUGGCAUUUGCAGGAUCUAGUUGAGCGUUGGAAUGGGAAGAUUUCCUUGUCUCUGUUUGCUUCUAGCUCGGCUCAAGCAAAAGUUGCUACUGUGUUAUUGUUUACCAUUGCUCAGUUGUGCCCGUCGUUGAGACAGAGGGUGUCCUUUCAUCUGGUGUGCCAGUCUGGAGAUCAGGCGGUCUUUCCAGAACUGGAAGACCAGGCUGAGUUUGCAGAUCUACGUACAUGCCAAGCUGUUUUUGCAAAGGCAGCAAUCAUGGGAUCACAUAUAGUUAAUUAUGCAGGUAAUGCUUCCUACCCUAACAACUUACUGAGGAAUAUUGCCAGGGCUGGUAUUGGCAGCACCACCUUUGUUCUGGUAGUGGACAUUGAUAUGGUGCCUAGUGAAGGACUAAGAUCUAAAUUUUUGGAUUUGGUUGCUCAAGGAGUAGAUACACAUACAGUAUUUGUGGUGCCUGCCUUUGAAAUUAGACACACUCGGCGACUGCCUGGAACCAAAGAGGAACUGCUCCGACUUUACCAAGUGGGGGAAGUCCGAGCAUUUUAUGAAGAAUUAUGUCCCCGAUGCCAGGCACCUACUAACUACUCAUCAUGGCUGAACUUGCCUGAGAAGUCUGCCAGACUGGCGAUGGCUUAUGUUGUGGAGUGGAGGGAUCCUUGGGAACCGUUUUACAUUGGGAAUAAAGAUGUGCCAUCCUAUGAUGAGAGAUUCAAGCAAUAUGGAUUUAACAGAAUCAGCCAGGCAUGUGAACUGAAUAUAGCUGGCUAUACGUUUGCAGUCCUUGACUCUGCAUUCCUGGUUCACAAGGGCCACAAGUUACCUGGGGACUUUCACAGUCAAAAAGAUGCAGAAAACAAAAGAAACCGUCAGCUCUACAGAGGCUUCAAGGAAGAACUAAAGCUGAAAUAUCCAGAUUCCACCAGGCGCUGUUAACACGGCUUUACUGUAUUAUGAAAUGGGACUCGUGUUUGGAGAAUUACAACAGUCAUUAGGUGUGUGAUUUGUGGGCUUAGGACAGGAUUUCUUAGGUGAUUCUGCUGCGUUUGGUGCAUUACCUUUACAUUUUAGCAAUUUUACAGUCCAAUGAAAUGUAUUAUGUAAUCCUAUUUAUUAAGAACCACUACUGGUAGACUGACACUGUAUCCAUCCGAUGUGUUUAUUAUUUUGUGUUUUUCUAUCUUCUGAUAACAUUUAUGUUAGUUACAUUGUUUAUUGUUUGCUCAUCUUGCAUAACAUUUACAAAUCCAACAUUCAAGUGAUUUAUCCUAAAAUCUUCAAUGUCUAUAUAAAAAAAACUGUGUUUGCUUAUAACAGGGAACUGUGCAUCAAAUGCAUGUUGAAAUCAGUCCUGUUUUUAUAGUCAGUGUCAUUUCAAAUGAACCCAGGGAAGCAAAUAAUAAACAAUUUAAACACA